AGGUCAUUGUGAUUACAAGGAAGGAAAUCCAAAAGAUGUUAAACUUGGACACAAAAAUGAAGCUGGAUUUUGUGUGCAUCAGUGACAACAUGGACAUGGGUACAGCAGAUUCACUGAGGCAUAUUCACCAGAAAAUUAAGACUGAUGUCUUGGUGUUGAGCUGCGAUCUGAUCACAGAUGUUGAUUUAUAUAAAGUUGUGGAUCUCUUUCGGACACAUGAUGCUACUCUCUCCAUGUUGAUGAAGAAAACUCAUGAACCCACAGAAGUGGUACCAGGACAGAAAGGGAAAAAAAAGCCAGUGGAGCAGCGCGACUUCAUUGGAGUGGAUGACACAGGAAAAAGAUUGCUCUUCAUGGCUAAUGAAGCUGACUUGGAUGAAGAACUUGUCAUUAAAAGAUCCAUCCUUCAGAAGCACCCCAGAAUGCACAUCAGAACAGGGCUGAUGGAUGCCCAUCUCUACUGUCUGAAGAAAUACGUGGUAGACUUCCUUGUAGAAAACGGGUCAAUCACAUCUCUCCGGAGUGAACUGAUUCCACAUCUGGUUAGGAAACAGUUCUCUUCUCCUACCUCAUUGGAGCAAGGACUAGACAACAAAGAUGAUGACCAAAAGAAAAAAGAACAAGCAUCCCUAGACAUUUAUAGCUUCAUAAAGGAAGAUAAUAGCUUGCUGAAACCUGCUUCAGAUAACUCUUGUUGGAAUGAUCAUAGAGGAGAUAUGAACGAAUCUCUCCAUGAAGGAAAAGUGCGCUGCUAUGUCCAUAUAAUGAAAGAGGGACUGUGCUACCGAGUGAAUACUCUUGGGUUGUAUAUUGAAGCUAACCGACAGGUUCCCAAGCUAUUGCUUCAUCUGGGUCUGGAAGAGCCACUGGUUCAUGGGUCUGCACAGAUCACUGACAGAGGCAUGGUUGGAUCGGACAGCAUCAUUGGGUCAUCCACACAAGUCGGGGAGAAGACAUCCAUUAAACACUCCAUCAUUGGCAGCAUGUGUACCAUAAAAGACAAAGUUAAGAUAACAAACUGCAUCAUCAUGAAUUCUGUUACAAUUGAGGAAGGGUGCUGUCUUCAGGGCAGUGUUGUCUGUCAUAAUGCCGUGAUAGAGAAGGGUGCAGACAUCAAAGACUGUUUGAUUGGAAGCGAUCAGAGGCUGGAAACCAAAGGUAAGUAGAGGAGCUGUGUUUACAGUGCAUUUGUAAUAAUUUUCAAAAUUUCUUCUUCGAGAUUUUACUCCUGCUUCGUCAUGAAGUGCCAGUAAACAGUGGCAGUUCUGCAGUGUGGUGUCCUAUAAUAUUAAGAUUUGUUUUUCAUGGAAAGUACAGCUUCUUGGCAUAAGAAUAGCCCAGGGACUUGCUCCUCUGAAGUUGGCAGAAAAGCUCUGUUGUUGUUGUUGUUACAAAGAACAAGAUUGGGUGCUGAGACAGUCUUUUCCCAGAGACCACAAUUAGAUCAGCCUGAAGUUGUCCUCAGCAGAAGGAGCUGUUAUUUUGACUAGUAAUCUUCGUCACUGUCAGGGGCGAUGCAGUGAAGUUACUGAUCACACAGACAUCCUUCUCUUUGUAGAUGCUACCGACCCACGGUGCUCCCACCCACCUUUCUCCGAGCAAAAGCUCGAGGUGGAAUAUCAUACUAGGAGCUGCU